AUGGGAGGACCGCUGAGUGUGACCCUGACAGUAGUGCCCCAUGCUGCUCUUCGAUCAACUUUUGUGGGAACACUGAAGAUCACUGUAAUUGUGUGGGUUGUGUCGACUACCGUAACACAGGUUGGUGUGUACAACGUUUAUACCGGGCAACAAUAUCGUUUUUCCUGUCCCACUAACGGUUGCCAUUUGUCAACUGAACCCAAUGAGGGUAGCCAACAGGUAGUCUUAGACUUUGACGGCUGUCCUAUACCAGACUACGUUAGUUUUAACGGAGUUUGCUACAAGGACUUCGCUGCGCAGAAGACAUACCACGAGGCUAGACAGAGGUGUGCAGAAGACGGGGGACUGUUGGCCAUGCCGAAAGACAGCGCCACCAACACUUUCAUCUCAGGUCUGAGAGACGGAAUGCGCUGGAUUGGGAUGACAGAUGCCAGCAGUGAAGGCCAGUGGAUGUUUGAGGACGGCCAGACCCUGGAGUCAUCGGGUUAUUCUAACUGGUACCCCGGUGAACCGGACAACAUUGGCGAAGACUGUGUCGAACUUCUGCGACCUGAGUCCAUGUGGAAUGAUGAGAAGUGCGGCGACACCAAGGGUUUCGUCUGCCAAGCAAAACAGUGUCCGCUGCAGACAGCACCUGUAAACGGUUCAGUGACAGGCUCCAACUCCUACCACUACCAGAGCACUGUCCUGUUCUCCUGUGAGCCAGGUUACGCUCUGGUAGGUGCGACCAGCAGUACCUGCCAGGCAGACGGCACGUGGAGUGACAGUGUCCCCACCUGCACAGGAGCUGACCCUGUAGGUUUGUGGCCCUUAAACGCGCUGCAUGGUUCAUCAGACGUAACAGGAAACGGAAAUGACGCGGUGGCAACAGGAACACAGUUAGCCCCAGGUCCCUAUGAAAGCGUCGAUGGCGCUUUCUUGUUUUCGGGAAGUGAAUCUUCCUACAUUGACAUCCCCAACAAUGGCAGGUUGGACGUGCGCUUCUCCUACACCAUAUUGGCCCACAUAUUCCCUACUGGUGAGCACGGGCCUAUCGUCGACUACGUCGGCAGCGAUGGUUCCUGGGCAGUCCAUCUGUGGCAGAUAACUCCAACAUCUCUGUUAAUGCGGGCGGUAAAUAGGGAUGGGCUUGUUCAGCCUUCCGUCGUAGCGGAUAUGCUGCAGCAGAACACUUGGAAUUAUGUGGGCGGAUCCUACAACAGUUUUACAGGCGUGGAAGCCAUUUGGUACGACGGCGCACUGGUCGGUCAAACACAUGUUGGAGUCGCCGAGGUUGCAAGUCAGUACCCUAUCCGGGUGGCGGUGAGGGACGGAGACAGUCGAGUGUUCGCGGGCCGAAUCGCCUGUCUACAGCUGUACAACUACGCCAUGACUCAAGAACAGAUCGCUGCAGCACGUGAUAAGUGCAGAGUGUGUCCGACAUCAGGCUACGUUAGUUUUAACGGAGUUUGCUACAAGGACUUCACUGAGCAGAAGAAAUACAACGAGGCUGGACAGAGGUGUGCAGAAGACGGGGCGCUGUUGGCCAUGCCGAAAGACAGCGCCACCAACACUUUCAUCUCAGAUCUGAGUGACGGAUCGCGCUGGCUUGGGUUGACAGAUGCCAGCAACGAAGGCCAGUGGGUGUUUGAGGACGGCCAGACUCUGGAGUCAUCGGGUUAUUCUAACUGGUACCCCGGUCAACCGGACAACUUUGCCACUGGCGAAGACUGUGUCGAACUUGUGUCCCUGUGGAAUGAUGCAAAGUGCGACGCCACCAGGGGAUUCGUCUGCCAAGCCGUACAGUGUCCGCUGCAGACAGCACUUAUAAACGGUGCAGUAACAGGCUCCAAUUCCUACUACUACCAGAGCACUGUCCUGUUCUCCUGUGACCCAGGUUACGCUCUGGUAGGUGCGACCAGCAGUACCUGCCAGGCAGACGGCAUGUGGAGUGACAGUGUCCCCACCUGCUCAGCUUGUCUUGAUCCGCUAGGGAUGGAAUCUGGUGCUAUCCCUGAUGCGAGCAUCACGGCAUCGACGACCUGGGAUGACAUCCUCUACCGGCAGCCCCACCACGCUCGUUUAAAUGGGGGCGACGGUUAUGGCGCAUGGGCAGCCAGAACCAACACAAUCGGACAGUGGUUACAGGUGGAUUUGGGAAUGAUGAUGCGCGUCUCGGGCACCAUUAUUCAAGGUCGACUCUAUAGCUCUCUUGAAAGAACAGAUUGGGUAACCUCCUUCAAACUACAAUACGGUGUAGAUGGAGCUAGUUGGGUGACCCACGCGGACAGUGAUGGCUCAGAUAAGGUCUUUGCUGGAAACACUGACACUGUCACUCCUGUCACCAACCUACUGGACCACCCCGUUGCGGCCCGUUAUGUGCGCUUCGUGGUUCAGUCCUGGCAUGACUGGAUCGGCAUGAGAGUGGAGGUUCUAGGCUGCUACAACUACGUUAGUUUUAACGGAGGUUGCUACAAGGACUUCGCUGAGCAGAAGACAUACCACGAGGCUAGACAGAAGUGUGCAGAAGACGGGGGAAUGUUGGCCAUGCCGAAAGACAGCGCCACCAACACUUUCAUCUCAGGUCUGAGAGACGGAUCGCGCUGGAUUGGGAUGACAGAUGCCAGCAACGAAGGCCAGUGGAUGUUUGAGGACGGCCAAACCCUGGAGUCAUCGGGUUAUCAUAACUGGAAUCCUGGUGAACCCAAUAAUUUGUCGGAGGAAGACUGCGCCAUUCUUGUGAGCCAAGGGCCUGCAUGGAAUGACGGCAAUUGCGACAGCACUAAUGGAUUUGCUGUCAGAUAG